CUGAAUCUGAAUCAGAAAAUGUACUGCGCCGGAAAUCUGUACAGAUUCAUCCGACGUAAUUACAUAUGCAUACUUCAGUAUCCAAAACCAACACGCUGUCGUUUUAUAACGUUGCAUCAUUAGCAAGCCUCCAAAAAGCUUCAGGACAAACUCGUCGGUAAAUCCAGGUCACCGCUGACGUCUCUCAAGAAUUGCUAGUCAAACCCAGAAUAUCGCUACACAGACCCACACACAAGCUCCGAUCAAAAAGCCUCAAAUCCUUGCUUCUCGGAAAUCAAAACGUCCACGUUUCAUAUUCUCCUUUAGCGCUAGGAGGAGCAGAUGACCGGCAGCAGCGGCCACGAAAUCGCAGCUCCUCUCAUUCCGAAGACUCAAUCCGAUGCCUCCGCCUCAUCUCCGCCGCCGGCGGACGAAAACUCUCCGAUCGAGCAAGUCGCCCUCACCGUUCCGGUCACCGACGAUCCUUCCCUCUCUACCGUCACGUUCCGGACGUGGACGCUGGGGGCCCUCGCGUGCGUUCUACUCUCCUUCCUCAACCAGUUCUUCUGGUACCGCCGCGAGCCCCUCUCGCUCACCUCGAUCUCCGCUCAGAUUGCGGUGGUCCCGCUCGGCCACCUCAUGGCGUCGCUGAUCACGGAUCGAGUUUUCUUCAAGGGGCGAAAAUGGGAAUUCACGUUCAAUCCGGGACCCUUCAAUGUGAAGGAGCACGUGCUCAUCACCAUCUUCGCCAACUCCGGAGCUGGGAACGUCUACGCCAUCCAUAUCGUGAGCGCGGUUAAGAUCUUUUACAAGAAGAACCUGUCGUUUUUCGUUGCGCUGCUUGUAGUUUUGACUACUCAAGUGCUGGGGUUCGGGUGGGCCGGGCUGUUCCGGCGGUACUUGGUGGAGCCCGCCGCAAUGUGGUGGCCUCAAAAUCUCGUUCAGGUUUCGCUCUUCAGGGCACUGCAUGAGAAAGAAGAGAGGCCAAAGGGUGGAUUAACAAGAAACCAGUUCUUCCUCAUUGCCUUCACUUGCAGCUUCGCUUACUAUGUCCUUCCCGGUUACUUAUUCCCAAUGCUAACUUCCCUUUCCUGGAUCUGCUGGAUUUUCCCUACUUCCAUCCUGGCUCAUCAGCUCGGUUCAGGACUGCACGGUCUUGGCAUCGGUGCUAUUGGCCUCGAUUGGUCAAGUAUAUCCUCUUACCUCGGGAGCCCACUUGCCAGUCCGUGGUUUGCUACUGCCAAUAUUGCUGCUGGUUUUUUCCUUGUGAUGUAUGUCAUUACUCCUGUGACUUAUUGGCUCAAUGUGUAUAAUGCCAAAACUUUUCCCAUAUUCUCGGAUGAUCUGUUCACAUCUACUGGCCAAAGCUACAAUAUAUCAGCUAUUAUAGAUUCCAACUUCCGCCUUGACAUUAAUGCAUACGAGCGAGAGGGCCCCCUCUAUAUGAGCACCUUCUUUGCUAUCUAUUAUGGCAUCAAUUUUGCCUGCCUUACUGCCACUAUUGUUCAUGUUCUCCUCUUUAAUGGGAGAGACAUCUGGCAGCUAAGCAAGUCUGCCAUCAACGAGAACAAGAUGGAUGUGCACACAAAGCUCAUGAGAAAAUAUAAGCAAGUUCCUGGAUGGUGGUUCAUGUGCAUCCUUUUGGCUAACAUAACCGCAACCCUAUUUACUUGCCAUUAUUACAAUUAUCAACUACAACUGCAAUGGUGGGGUGUCUUGCUUGCUUGUGGUCUUGCCUUGUUUUUCACUCUUCCUAUCGGAGUCAUCAAUGCCACAACAAAUCAGGCGCCAGCGUUGAAUGUGAUCACAGAGUACAUCAUCGGGUAUCUGUAUCCAGGAUAUCCAGUUGCCAACAUAUUGUUCAAAGUUUAUGGAUACAUAAGCAUGAAGCAGGCCAUCGCAUUCCUGGAAGACUUCAAGCUUGGGCACUAUAUGAAAAUUCCUCCCAGAGCAAUGUUCAUGGCACAGGUAGUUGGUACUAUUAUAGCAGCGAUUGUCCAUCUAGGAACUGCCUGGUGGCUUAUGAGCACAGUCCCAGACAUAUGUGAUAGGGCGUUACUACCAUCAGAUAGUCCAUGGACUUGCCCGGGCGACCAUGUCUUCUAUGAUGCUUCUGUUAUUUGGGGUCUUGUCGGGCCUCGCAGAAUCUUUGGUAAUCUUGGCCAUUAUUCCGCCAUCAACUGGUUUUUCUUAGCUGGUGCUAUAGCUCCUGUCCCAGUUUGGCUUGCUCACAAGGCCUUCCCAAGCAAACAUUGGAUUAAACUUAUCACCAUGCCGGUGCUCUUUGGGGCAACAGUUAACAUGCCUCCGGCUACUGCUGUCAACUACACCAGCUGGAUUCUCAUUGGAUUCGCCUCAGGGUUUAUCGCUUACAGGUAUUAUCGCGCCUUGUGGAGUCGCCACAACUACGUGCUAUCUGGAGCUCUGGAUGCCGGAUUAGCGUUUAUGGGGGUACUUUUGUACUUGUGUCUGGGGAUGGAACAUGUUAGCUUCAAAUGGUGGGGAAGCAGCCCAGAUGGUUGCCCUUUGGCUUCUUCCUCAACAGCCUAAUGAGUUGUAGCUAAAACAUGCCCCCUGCUGCAAGAAAAGUUGUAUGCUUGAUAUGCAUAAUUGUGCGCUUAGGGUAGAACUGUAAAUAACUUGUGUAAUAACUAUUGUUUAUUGAUUAUUUGAUAGCAUAUAUCAAUUCAUUUUUGCUUAA